UAUUCCGAAUAAAUGCAAAAAGCAUUGGACUUAAGUUUUGAAAUCAGAGUCCUGCUAAAAAAGCUACAUCUGUAUUGUUGCUAAAAAAAUCUCUCAUUUCAGUAGCAAGUCAAUAUUUCUGAGAGUGGAGCUGGACUUGUGAUUCUGAUGCUACAUUAGUUUCACGUUACUUUGUUUUAUAUGCCAACAUCUCUAAAUGACUUAAUUUUAUUAUAUGUCCCAUUGUUGUCUGUGUAGUAGUGUGUACCAUUUUGUAACUGAUAAAAUUGUUUUCUUUCGUGCCUAAGUACUAUUGGACUAUGUACUAAAGUGGCCUAUAUGAAACACAUCAGCAAUUUGCAGCAAUAUUCUUAACUUAGUCCUUCAGUGUUGCAUCCCUGAAUGGAUGCUGCCAUUGGCCUAUGUUCCAUGAAAAUCACACAAUUUUCUUCCAAAAUUGCAUUUUCUAAUUAUUUGUUGAGAACACCAUGGGGCACUAAAUCUUUUUAAUUGAAAAUUAAGACUGACAGAUCUAACCUCCGAGGCUUUGAAACGCUAUUAGAAAUCUAUUGCUAUUUAUUAGAUAUUCAAAAGAACAAACAAGGAAAUUUUAGAAGACUAAAGGACAACUGUAAGAUUCUCUAUUUUGAUCCACACACCAUUCAACCACCCAAGAAACUUGUAACUAAUUUUAACCUGUGUAAUGUUGUUGUAUAUGUUCACUGUUUGGCAGUAAAUGUCAUGGAAUUAGAUUUAUUAACAUUUAAGGAAAGCACAGAAAGUUUUAUUUUUUUCACAGCUGUGACCAUCAAAGAACAAAAUGACUGACAUCCUAUGAGACAAAAGACAUCUAUAACCAUGAAGUUGCUGAUAGCAGGAAUAGUUCUGAUUCUAAUAGUGGAAUCCAACGCCCAAUGGUACAAGUUUCCUGUCGAAGCUGCCCAAGGAGCUCAUGACAUGUGGCGAGCAUAUAGUGACAUGAGGGAGGCCAACUGGAAAAACUCUGACAAGUACUUUCAUGCUAGAGGGAACUAUGAUGCUGCCCAAAGAGGAGCUGGAGGCAGAUGGGCCUCUGAGGUUAUAAGUGAUACCAGAGAAUGGGUGCAGGAACGAACGGGUCAUGGUGCUGAGGACUCUGCGGCUGAUCAGAGGGCAAACCACCAUGGGCGGGGGGGAGGAGAUCCCAAUAUUUACAGGCCAGCAGGACUGCCUGAAAAAUACUGA